UGUUGCCUUCUACGUUUCUGUGCGUUUUUAGAACCUAUUCAAUUUUCUCUCUCCCGUCUAUCGCCCCAUUCCUUGCCCCUCCCCUGGCUUUUAUACUAUUUCGCGGGAAUCUCUUUAAAUUCCGUAUACCACCUCUAAAAAAAAUAAGCUGUCUUAACUUUUGAUUUCUUUGGUUUAUCGGAAAUGAUGAUGUCAAGGCAAUACCCCAUCUGAAAUGCCAUCCAGUGCGUCUCUGGACGCCUGAAGCAGCACAUAGAUUUGCUCCACAGGGAACUGUCACAGAUGUCGCAAGAGGGACUAUCUCAUUGAAUUCACUCCUGGAGAAUAGUCAUGAUGGUGUCAGGGACCGGGUGGAUUCUCUUCUGCCUCUUUCUACUGGGGGAGAGAACAGGACUUGACUGUGGGGAACUGCAGUGCUCUCUGUCUCCAGCGGGGGAGCUUCACCCCGUGCAGGGGCUGUUGGAGCGCUUUGAGGCCGGCCCGGGCUGUGCAGCCAGAGAGAGUGGGGAGAAAGAGACCCAUGUGAUCGCUGUGGGGAGAGGGACACGCAGCCCUGACAAACAGGUGACUGUGCUCCUGAGACCCCUGUCUCUGUCUCAUCCUCCCCGUCAAACCCUCAUCCUGGUACUGAGCUCCAAGCAACCAGUGCGCUGGUGGCUGGAGGCUGAGAGGCUACCCCCGGAUCUGCCUGUGCUGGUGCAGGUCUCUCCUAACUCUACAGUGCAGCCCUACAGUCUGGCAGUGCAGGUGCAGCCUGUGCCCUCUCUGCCUUUCCGUCCGCGGGCUUUGCUGCGCUGGGCAAUACAUCGCCAUGGCUCCUUGUCCUCCCUCACACACACAGCCAGUGCCAACCGCGUCUACGUCCGUGUGGGCGAGGAUACCACCAUGCCCAACGUGUGCCAGCUGCAGUCUCUGUUCCUGUCACACAACUACCUGACCUCUGACCUGCAGCCACAGGAAGUACAGGGCUGUUCUCCAGUUGGCGGAGGCGACCCAGAAGUGCAUGUCAUCAAGCUCUGUUCAGCAGGGUCAGGGCUUUGUGGCUCUUUGCAGGUGGAGGUGACUAUUUCUCUGGUGCCCCCAGUGGCCAAUGCUGGGUGGCACAAGUUGGUGCUGAUCCUCAGUAGUGCCGUUCCAGUCAACUGGGCUCUCACAGUCCCAGGGCUCCGGGGACACAUCUCUGUCUAUUCCUCCAACAGCGUGUCCCCACUCUACCCUCCAGAGCCUGACCUGACACUGACUAGCUUGCUCACCUCUGACCUCUCUACCACCCAUGACCUUUUGAGCUGGGCCAAUCAGAGUGGCUUUCCCAAAGUGGCCUCAUACACUGAGGCUGACCUGGCCAAUCACUUUGUGAUCAGACUGGCUGGGGGAGGGACAGAAGGUGGCCCCCCUGUGCGUAUGCUGGAUGGCAGGACCCCUUGGGUCCAGGAGCGCAGGCUGAGACAGUGGCUGAGUGAGGGAGGUGGAAGGACCAGUGGGGGCUGGGAGGCCGUCAGUGUGCAGUGUCAGGACGGACGACUCAACGUGGCCGUGGACAGACACAUUCUGCAGACCCUGUCUCUCCCGGUGUCGGAGGUGACACUGCGGGAUCCUCAGUGCCUGGCCCAGUAUAACAGCAGCCAUUUCUUGUUGGCAUUCCCGGUCAUUUCCUGUGGGACUGAAGGGCUGUUGCAGGGAGAGCCCAGAGGGGUGCAGUACAAAAACGCGGUGUUGCUAUGGAGAAACAAGCCUCUGGUUGCCGUGGGCAAUGAGACAGACAAGGAGCCCACGGAGUGGACUCCACUGGUCAUACAUUUCAGCUGUUUUGCUGCAGUCCCCAGUGUCCCAAGCCUUCCUGUGGAGCAGCCCACUCUGCAGGGGCCGGGGCCUCUCCCAAGGGCCAGGACCGGCCCACUGGUCUCACUGCAGCUGUUUGUUACAGAGGGCUAUGAGCAGAGGCAGACCGGUCCUUGUGCCAUCACUGCUGACAACCGUGUCUAUGUGGAGCUUUCCGCCAAGGGGGCCCUCGGUGGGGGUGUGGAGGUGCGGUCCUGCAUGGUGUCUCCCCUAUCAGACCCCCGUGUGUCCCCUGGCUGGUCAGUCAUUAGAGACGGCUGCUCCGCUGACUCCUCACUGACACUCAGCAACAUGACACAUGGCCAAGAGGAUGAGAAGGAAGAGGAGGAUGAUGAGGAAUAUUAUGAAGAGGAAGAGGAGGUACCUAGUGGCCUGUCGUUCAGGCAUCCAGGAAGGGCUUGGAGGAACACAGCAGGAUUGAGAAAAAGAGAACACGGUGGGAAGAGGGGACGAGGAGGACGAGGAGGACGAGGAGGACGAGGAGGACGAGCCAAAAGGAAGGCGAGCGAUGGAGGAGAGGAGGACCAGAUACACAGACUGAGGUUCAGUUUUGUCCUUCGGCCCAUCUACAACAACUCUGUCCAGUUCCUGCACUGUCACAUCCGUCUGUGUGGCCCUGAGUCAGUGACCCAGGGGCCUCCAACGGCCAUAAUACAGAGUGGCUGUCAGAAUCCCUGGGGCCUCCGUAUCCCUGCCCUCGUAUCUAGACUAUCCAGCCAACAGUGUGAGUACAGAAACUUCUCCAGACCCAUGCUGGUCUAUCAGCCUGUUGGUGUGGCCAGACAGCUGGUGCCACCUGCUGGUCAGAGAGGUCAAAUGCCCAGUGUGUCUCAGCUGCCCAAGCCUAUCCCAGCCCACAGCAGCUCUGGGGUAGACACAGGCUCAGUGUUGGGGAUUGUGUUUGUUGCUUUCCUUAUGGGCAUCAGCCUGAUGGGGGCGCUGUGGUGCAUCUACUCUCACACAGGGGCUCCUCCACCAACCAGAAGAGGGGGCCUGAUCGAGAAUACUAACCCUGCCUUAUUAGACUCUUCCAACAGCUCUGUGUAGAGGUGAGAUGGAACGUGAGCAACACACACAGCAGCUGGGGGACCACAAAGUAAAGAGAAUGUCAAAUUUAGACUAGUAUUCUAUAGACUUAUCAUGGUGGCACUAGCGCCCUUUGUGAAUUAGUCAAGCACCUGCAGAUUGCAAUAGUGAUAUCUCUCUCAUUUUCAGUGUUUUCUCUGGUAAAUCUGAGACCGAGGGUAAAGUGGGACAGAAGAUGAAACACCUGGUGUGUGUCUGUGAGUGGGUCAGACCUGGGUUCAAAUACAUGCAUAUUUAAGUAUUUGCUAUUUAAAUGCUUAUUUUCUGUGUAUUUUUGUAUUUUCAAAUAAUGCAGUAUUUUAAUAUUUGUAUUUGAAAAUACACUUGUCUGUGUAGUUGAGCAUUUACAAAUUCAUUCCAAUAUUUAAGUACUGAAAAUAUCCAGAUACUUACUUUGAAAUGUCUUUGAAAGUAAUUGAAAUACCCUAAAUCGUUUUUGAACCCAGGUCUGGUGUGUGUGUGUGUGUGUGUGUGUG